GGCAGUAAACGUGGUUGUAGCUCAAGUUGGAUCUACGAUGGCGGCGCUCUUGUUAGAAAGAGCGUUUGUAUUGGGUUACCAGUCAUAAUGGUCACAAUCAACUUUCGCAUAGGAGUAUUUGGUGUUGCCGCAAACAUGCAGUUAGCAGAAGAUAACCGAGCAGCAGGCGACGAAGGUGUGGGCAACUAUGGCCUGCGCGACCAACGUCAUGCUCUGGAAUGGGUGAACCGUUUCAUCGCAGAUUUUGGAGGAGACCCAUCUCAUGUCACCCUAUUCGGACAUUCUUCGGGAGCAGCAGACAUCGUCGCCCACCUGUACUCCAAUGCCAACUUGACUUGCCCCCUAUUUGCUCGGGCAAUUGUUCAAAGCGCAAUCAUCGACCACAGUCCUCCAGAACCACAUUCAGCUGGAUGGCAAAUGUCUAGAGCAUUGGCUCCGCUGCAUGCCUCUUUAGUCGCACAACUUCGUGCUAUAAGUCCUAGGGCACUUAUUUACGUCAAUCUCCCCUUCCGCGCGGUCGACGACGAGGUAUUCUUCAGAAAAUGA